CUGGACCAACGUUUCGGCCACGAUCCGUCGACAAUAUGUUCCACGUGCUAAUGCAGUGGUACGACUCAGCCCAGUGAAACCAAGGGAUAGCCGUAUGGUACUUAUCUCGGCAGUAACUUGGGCAGCGAACUGUAUUAUGACCAUCAUCUCAAAUGAUCCCAGUUGGUGGCCGCUCAUCAAUUCGCGUCUUAUAUUCGACUAUUUUAUAGUUGCUGCCUCGGUUGGCGUAAUAUACGAUUGGAUGCUUGCAUUCGGAAAAGAGGUUGAAUUGAUUUGGAACCAACACUUGUCCCUCAUGACUGUCCUGUAUUUCGCUGUGCGCUACGCCGGAAUAACAUAUGCUAUUGUGAACAUACAGAUGGCUGUUCAGAUAAUACCUCUAAAAGAUGCAGUUCUAGUACUCCUCGUUGUUGUCUUCACGGCCAUCAUUGUCGCCAAUAUAGUGAUGCUCACAAUAAACAUGAAGUAUAUUUCAGCGGAGCAAGUCAUUCUCUCUGGCACCUAUCAGUGCAUUGUUGAAAAUCCCAAAAAUUUGGACAUCAUCCCUUGGAUACUCAUCGGUGUAUGGGAGAUCUUCACAUUGUGUCUUGCAGUCCCGAUUGCUCUAAAGCACUUCCGUGAAUUGGGACGACACUCGGCGGGAGGUGUUAUUAGAGGCUGUUUCGUGGUGUUAAUGAAAACUCACUUGAGUUACUUUGACCCAUAUUCUUCAACAGUUCUGAUUCAUUCCGGCGUUGUUCAACUACUCGUCAUUGUGCAGUCAGCUGUGCUGGGACCACGCCUGGUACUCGGUGUUCGAGAAUAUCACGCUAAGCUCAUGAUUGACUCUGACACAGGAUCUGGCAUGAUUUCAAUUGCUUCCCAAGAUCGCGCGCAUGUAUUGACUAGUAUUAUCGUGUAACUCGGAAUAUGUUCAAUAUGAUUUACACUCGUAAGGCCUCUACAGGCAACGAGAAUUUGCUCGUGCAUCACUACUGGCACUAGCUGCCCAAAAUGUUGAGCUGCUACUUGAUAGAGUUUGAGAACGAU